AUGCCUUCAUCCCGAAGUAGGCUUUCCGCCGGUGGACUUUUGCUAUGGACGGCUUUUUGCCUGAUUCAUUUCCCAUGCACGUCAUUGGCAAAACAACAACAAAGCAAAUCCAUUGUGUCGUAUCCCCUCGUUCCACACCAUCAGGAACGAGCUCGACGCAGUCUUCAAGGCAGACCCAUGCCACGUCGCGCUUUAAAAAAGGAGAAACAGCUUCGACGCCGAACGGUUGAACAACAAGUUGGAGCCUUAUAUCUAGGAUAUGGAACGCACUAUGUCGACUUGUGGGUCGGUAGUCCUCCUCAACGUCAAACUGUCAUUGUGGAUACGGGAAGUGGAACUACCGCUUUUGCUUGUAGUGAAUGCAAAGAGUGUGGUGCCGGAGACUAUCACAUUGAUCAAGUCUUUGAUGAGAGUUUGUCAACCACCUAUACCAGUACCACUUGUACCAAGAAUAAGGAAUGCGUCAGCCAUCAUUCGAGUUGCAAAAGCGGAAGCUGCCGCAUCACUCAAGCUUAUUCAGAGGGUUGUCGGUGGGAUGCUAACGAGGCGAUUGAUUCCUGUUACCUUGGUGGGCCACACGAACAACCAUUGAUCAAGGAUCGUGGUGCCGAUCCAUUGAAUCCAAAGCAUGCCAGUCACUUUGCGUUCAAUUUGACCUUUGGUUGCCAAUUCGAAGUGACGGGACUAUUUAAAACACAGCUGGCUGACGGCAUUCUGGGCAUGAAUAAUGGUAAGAUGCCAUACUGGAAGCAAAUGACUGGUGCUGGAAAACUAGGAGAAGAAAUGUUUUCUCUGUGUUUCUCCCGUCAACCCACUUCCGAGCGAGAGGGUACUGAGGCAGGAGCUUUGACAUUCGGUGGCUAUGACACCAAGCUUCACGAUACAGACAUGGUGUUUUCCAGUGGUGCCACUGAUGGGAGGGAACGACAGUGGUCCACGACUAUUCGAAAAAUUUACUUGCGAGAUGGAAGUGCUGGAGAGAGUGUCAAGCCAACCAACAAGAAGGCCAAAACAGUUGAAGUCAAGUUUGAUAAUCAACUGCAAGGAAUUGUUGAUUCUGGAACAACUGAUUCAUAUCUACCUUCUAUCAUUGCGGAAGCUUUCAAAGGCGCUUACGAACAGCUGACUGGAAAAGAAUAUGGAGGGGACAAACCCGAGGUUCUGAGCGCGGCAGAUUUGGAGAAAAUGCCCACUGUCAUUCUACAGUUGGUCGCUUCUUCUGAUGAAAAUGGUGACAAAGACUACAAGACACCAGGAUUGGCCGGGGCCAUGGACGAUAGUAAUCCAUACGAUGUUCUGCUAGCAAUUCCACCUUCCCACUACAUGGAGUACGAUGAUGAAGAUGAGACUUAUACGCCGCGGAUAUUCCUGGACAAGUCGGGUGAAACCUUUACACUUGGUGCCAACGCCAUGAUGGGACACGAUGUUUUAUUUGAUGCAGAAAAUGACCGCAUUGGAUGGGCAGAAAGUUCGUGCAACUACACCGGACUCGUUGUAGAGAGUGGGUUCAAAUUCAAUAUCACUGGCGAAAUGAAAGAACCAGCCGGUGAAGACGAAGAUGAAGACGAGGACGCUGAUGCUGAUGCUGAUGCUGAUUUGGACAUUACUGUCAAUGCCACGAAUGUCGACGCAGAUUCUGAUGCCGAUGAAGAUGCUGACGAUGCAGAGUCCGACUCUGAUGUGGAUCUGAAUGCUGAUGCAGAUGCAGAUGGAAAUGAUGAUGCAGAUGCAGAUGCAGACGCAGACGCAGAUGGUCAUUACGAUUCAGAUGUUGGUGGAAAUGAUGAUGCAGAUGAAGAUGCCGAUGUUGAUGCUGACAUAGAUGCGAACGAAGAUGCAGAUGUUGACGUUGAUGUGGAUUCUAACUCCAAUACAACAAGUGGUGUAGAUUCGAAUAGCGGUAAUGCCACCGACGUUGAUAUCGAUGUCAAUAGUACAGAAGUGGACGUGGGUGGCACCAAUGCUACCGAUGGUGGCAUCGAUGUCAAUGCUACAGAGAUUGACGUUGAUCUUAAUGCUACUGAUGCAGGGGACGUGGACCACACCAAUGUCACUGAAAUUGGGAUGGAUGUCAAUGGCACUGAUGCUGAUUCAGACGGCGCAAAUUCAACUUCGGUUGAUGUUGGUGACACCAAUUCUACUGAAAUUGACUUGGAUGGCAGCAACGCGACUGAGGUUCAUAAUGUUGGAGACAAUACUACACAUAGCGGUGGAGAUAAUGCGACAACGGUGGAUGAAGGCGGCAAUGUCACUGAUGCUGAUGAGGAUGCCGAUGGUGCCGAAGAUGAUGGUCAAGAUGACGAGCAUGGAGAUGGCUCAAACUCAAACACCACAAACCCGGGAGAAGCGAACGAAGAUCCUGAUUCAGACUUGGAACAAGAAUAUGAUGUUAUGAAGAAACAAAACGCCACAAAACCUCCAAACUUGAACAUAGAUCCUGAUGCAGACUUGGAACAAGAAUAUGAGAUUUUGAAGGAAGCAGAAGAUGCCGAUGUUGAAGAUGAAAAUGCUUUUGAAGAGGUAGAUUGCCACGAGGAAAUUAUUGAUCGAACGUCCAAUAUUACUAUGGACAGAGUGAAGAAUGAAACUGUUGUAGCAUACUGCAAGGUCAAGAACAGUGCCAACAAAUUCAAGGACCUAUGCGACUCUCCCGAAUGUCAAAUCCCUGUUCUGGUCGGUCUCGGCAUCGCUCUCUGCGCUGGAAUGUGCCUCUGCUCUGUGUUGAGGUGCUUCUUAUACUACCUAUUCUGCUGCUGCUGUUGCAAGAAGAAAGAUAACGGACCAAAGUAUCAGGGACUUAACACUGAUGAAGUUAGCGACGAUGAGGGAGGUUUCCAAGACGAGCCUGAAGAACCAAGAGGGAAGAAGAAAUACCGGGACAACGUCCGCAGCAAGAAGAAAAAUGGAACAGCACUCUCCAAGAACAAUGGAGCCGAAUUUAUCUAG